AUGCCGUCAAAAUCAAAGAGUAAAAGCAAGAAGGGUAAGUCGAAGCACGGCAGUGCCGGGAAGAAUACUAGUCCGCAGAUAGCCCCGCCGGAAAUGCCAACGCGACAAGCUGAGGUGUUUCAUGAGGAUGAGGACUAUCCAACCUCGCGGAUAAUCAAGCGAGCAGCAAACGGUGAUGUGAUAGUGGAAUCCUUGCCGUCUGACAACGAGACUACAGGGAAAAAGAAGAAGAAUAAGAAUGGUACAUUAGACAGCGGUAUGAACUGUGGGGCUUCGAUGGCCUCGAUUCUUGAUUUACAUUGGGAAUCGCUUCCACCAAGUGAAAAGAAGGAGAUUUUGAAAAUUGGCAAAGAUGAGGUAUUCGACGUAAUCCGGAAACACCAGGUAGAUCAUACUUGCAAUUGUUCUGUCUGUGGAAGACGCCAUAUGAGCAUGGACCAGGAAAUGGAAAGGAUAUAUAACAUGCUGUAUGAGAUCGACAAGAUAAAAGAUCCGGAGCUGAACCCAGUCAAAUUUCACUUGGGCAUCAUCAACGAGCUUCAGAUAUCCAAAAACCGGUCGUAUUCGGACCAGGGAACCGAGAACAGAAGUUCUGAGUAUGAAAAAACUUUGCAUAAUGCUGUGGCAAUGGGCGACUUUUUAAGCACAAACACGACAAGUGAUUUAAAGGAGGAGGUAAUGCAUUUCAAACAGAGUAAACAGAGGCAGAAACCAGUGUCGCAACAGGGUGGCGUACAUGAUGAUGAUGAUUAUCCUCAAAAUGUUCCAGAGGAUCAGUUCUCAGAAUCACAUCAUCUCAGUACAAGCCCAGAGACUUCGCCCGUUCUAUGCGACGCAGACCUUGUCGAGCAAGAUGAUGAUGAGUUGAAGGAGAAGUACAUGCAAUUUACCAAGAAGUUUAUCUCCUCACACCCGAAAAUUGCUCAAGAGUAUGUGGACAAACUUAUGGCAUAUCCUCACAUGCGAGCCGUCACGGAGGAGCUGAUCAACAACAAGGGUGUCGGGUUCCUGAAGGCUAUUGAGAAAUUCGUCACUGAUAAAACGCGUGGUGAUAACGGUCGAAUAGACGAGUCAUUCUAUCAAAGCAUGGGGGACGCAAGAGCGUUCACUACAAUGCUGCAUAAUGGCAAGCCACUCACAGCAGAGGAAUAUGCUGACUUACAGCACAACAUUGCCGAUAGGAUGACGAAUUCGUAUGAUACGAACAGAAAAGAAUUUAAAGAGGUUUCCGCACUCGAGAAGGAACUUUUCACUAGAUUUAUGUUUGGCACCGAUCGGAAACAGUUUGGCGAGAUUGUCAUGCAAUCCUUUAGAGAUAAAUUUGACAAUGAGUUUGGCGGCUCUUCAAUUAGUGCAUCGCUUGCGGCUGCCGCUGCCGCUGCAACUUUGACCAAUCCACUUACAAUGGAUCAGGUCGGUAAACUUAGCAAGGGUAGGGAAACUGAUUACGAGGAUAAUUAUGACUUUUCGGAUUACGAUGAUGAAAGCGAUAUUCUUUCUGAAUACGAUGAGGAUGAAGACGACCUCGAAGAGCUGUCCGAGUACGACGAAGAUCUGGCAGAAGAGAACUCAUGCAGCAAUGCUUCACACCGCUACCAAACCCUGACAGAUUCCGAGAAAGCAAAUCAAGGACAUUAUGGAGCUGAUUUUGGAGAGCACGCACAUCAUGAUGAAGGUUCUGAAAGUGAGAUUGACGAGGCAGACCGUCUCGAAGAAGGUCGCCGGUUGAUUCAAAUUGCCAUCACUAAACUGUUACAGAGUAGGAUCAUGGAAUCGUAUCACGAGAAACAAGCCGAUGCGAAUAGGCUGAAACUCUUGAAAGAGUUGGAGGAAGAGCAGAUGAAAAAGAAGGAGAAAGAAGAAAAGAAACAGAAGAAGAAGGAGAAGGAGAAGGAGAAGAGGAAACAGCAACAAUUGGCGAAAGAGGAGGAGAAGCGCAGGAAGGCUGAGGAGGAGGAACGUUUGAAAAAGGAGCGAGAAGAGCGAGAAUUGGAAAGAAGAGAGGCACAGAGACGGAAGGUGGAGGAAUCCAGGAGGAAGAAAGAUGAGGAAAGAAAGCGCAAACUUGAAGAACAACGGAAGAGAGAAGAAAUACAAGAAAAUCAAAGGAAAUUGAAAGAAGAACAAAAACGUAAGAGAGAUGAGGAACGAAAACAAAAAGAGCUGGAACAGAAACGUAUCAAAGAGCAAAAACGUUUGGAACAAGAACGAAAGGCGGCGGAGGAAAAAAGGAUCAAAGAACAGAAGUUAGAAGCGGAACGUCAAAAAAUAAGAGAAGAGGAGGAACGCCAAAAGAAGCUCGAAGAAGAACGCCAAAAAAUGAAACAUAUUGACUUAAGCAGUGGAAUACGUAUGCUUGGGAAGGAUGCACCCUUGUCUGCCUUGGCUAUUGGAAAUCCAACCAGUUUGUCUGCAAACGACGGAACAAUUUGGAACAACUCGAAGGAUGCAGUUACUCCUCGUUCAUCUUCUAUUAAUUUGCAAUACAAUGAUCUCUCAGGUUUAUAUCGGGGCAAUGUUCACACAAGCGCGCUCGCUAAGAAAACUAUUGGAGAUGAUGUGUUUGACCUAGUAGGCGCUACAAAAACGGAGCCACCUUCAGCACUUAGCUUCCAGCAUCAAUUACAAACGCCUGAAAACUUGAACAAAACUGUGGGCUCUCUAUCAUCCGGCAACCCAACAAAUCCCUUGCACAAUAUUCAGAGCUCAACUUUGUUUGAUUCCAACCCCGUGCUAGGUCCCCACAACAUGGUGGGGGGUAACAACAGCUAUGAUGUUAGACAACCGCAGAUGGUCCCUCCAUCAGUAGCUCCACGUUUAUUACCUCAAAUUCAUGACAUUAACUCCUCGUGGAAUUCUUUUGGCUCCCCAUUAUCCUCUAAUUCCAUGCUCAACCAAAUAGGGAGUAUACCUCACCAUCAUCAGCAGCAGCAGCAACAACAACAACAACCGAUGUCUGCAUUUGAUCCCUUCAACAAAGAUAUGAAGAGAAGCUUGUUGGAUGACGAUUUAGGUACUUUAACCAAUAUGUUCUCCUCGUCUUCUUUGAACGAGCCAUCAUUUUCUUCUGGAACAGCACUCAACCAGAACCCAUAUUGGGGCUCUCAAAAUGCUGCAGUACCUCCACAGGCUGGUCCCAAUGCGAACAGAAACAUUGGAAUGCAUAUCUCUCCGCAAACCAACGGCAGUGGACUAUCUGCCAAUACAUCCUUGCAUAUGAAUGAUCCUGUUACAACUCCAAUGGUACAAAGAAAUUCAAUUUGGAACAAUUCUGUUGGCUCUGAUACUGCGUAUCCAUCGAUCGCGUCACUUGGAGGUCAGACACCCUCCCAAAACGGCAAUGGCGGCGACUUAGGUUCCAAUCGAAGCAGCGUUGUAUCGUCUAAAAAUAUAUGGAACGUCGGGGCUACUCCAAUCCUCCCCAAUGGUGCAAUGGGACAACCUUCCAUUUCGACUCCUAUUGAUGGAAGCGUCGGCAAUAUUUCACAAAAUGAUUCCACCACAUUUGACGCUAUUUGCAAUGCAUAUUUUUCUGUCGUUCCAGUUGUGCAACAGGAUGAUUCCUCCGCACCUGUGUUUGUGCCCUUAGAGACACUGUACAAUGUCAUCUCGCAUCAGAACCCUAAAGCGCCAUUGGAUUUCCCAAAUCUUGUGAAUAAAAUUGUUCAAAUGCACAACAACCAUGCGUGUGAAGUACUGAAAGACUCCAAUGGUACUAUAAGUAGUGUCAAGUUGCCGUUUCAAAAUGGUACAAAUGUUUCUCCCUUCGAUCAUUUCACUCAACAAUUAUUAGGUGAAACGAGCCAGCAGAAGCGGCCCUUUGAAACAAGUUCAGCGUCUAUCUUGUUAAAUACAAUUGGUUCUUCUGGUCAUUAA